AUGUCGGACAAUGAGUAUGAUGAGAUUUCACAAACUGAAAGCUUACACGCAACUGAAAGCUCACGCGAAAGUGAAAGUUCACAUGUAGCUGAAAUUUUACAUAUAACUGAACGACUAGAAGAUGAACAAGAUUCUCAACGGCAAAGUACUCAGCGAAAUACUCGACAAAUUAUUCAACAAAAUACACAGCAACAGCAAAGUACUCAGCAAAAGCACAAGCGGCAUAAAACAACUAAAACUACCUCAAAAUGCUGGAAAUAUUUCAAAAAAACCGAAAAAAAAACAAUAUGUCAAUUUAAAAUACAAAAAAAAAAUGAAGAAGAAUCUAUUUGUGGAAAAUCAUUCAAGUACUUACCGGGAUGGUCAACAUCUAAUAUGAAUUUGCAUCUGGCUGAUGAACAUGACUUAGUAGAAUUUCAAAGAGAAAACAAGAAUCAUACGAAAGCUUUGAAUUCCCAGAAAACUAUUGCCGAUAUGUUACAUAUCGCUCCUCACAAAGGAAUAAAAAAAACCAAGAUUCAUCGUGCUGUUGUAGAAUGGCUUAUUGUCGAUAAUCUCCCACUUGAUACCAUUAAUGGAGAAGGAUUUCGCCGAUUCAUGUUGCAAAUUGAUCCUGGUUUCCGCCGGCCUUCUUAUAAAGCACUAAAAAAAGAAAUAUCAUUUGGAAAUACAAAUGCAAGAAAUCAAAUAUAUGAACUUUUGGAAAAAAGCAGUGAAAUGGUUUCUUUAACUACGGAUCUUUGGACGGCAAGAAAUGGAACUGGAUAUAUUGGAAUCACAGCACAUUGGUUGAGUAAAGAAUUUGAAUUAAAUGAAAUCUUACUUUGCUUGGAGCCGAUGCCAUAUCCUCAUACCAGUCGGGCAAUUAGAGAAUUUCUUAUUCAAAAAGUUCAAGAUUUCAAUCUACAAGAUAAAAUUUUGUGUGUCGUUACGGAUAAUGGUAGCAAUAUGGUAGCUGCCAUAAGAGAUUGGGAUGGCGUAGAAAGAUUACCAUGUACUGCACAUACCUUGCAAUUAUCUGUCAACCACGCCCUAAAGAAAAAUCACCAACAAAUUCACCGAAUUCGAGAAUUGGUUAAGUUUUUUGACUCACCCAAACAAAGCCAAAGGUUGGAUGCUGCACAAAUUGAAAUAUCUAAGCAAAAACGACGAAAUAACGUACCUUCAUAUGAUCCAAUUUUAUCUGAUGACUCUGAUUAUGAUGGUGAUUCAGAAGACGUGGAAAAUGAGGUGGCAACUAAUUAUCCUAUUGAUAAAUUUAUUCCUAUAUUAAAAAAUGUCAAAGAUGUUCCAACCCGUUGGAAUUCUAAAUAUCGAUCAUGGAAGAGAUUAAUUCAGCUACAACCUGCAAUCAGAUGGCUUUCAGCAACAUUACCAUUUCGAGAUGAUCCAGAUGCACGAAAAGAUGGACGAAAACUGCAACAAUUGGUAUUACGAGAAGAAGAGUGGAGUUUUGUUCAAAGAUUACUCGAGAUAUUAGAACCUUUUGAUAGUGCUACUGAAUAUUUCAGUGCUGGACGAUAUCCUACCAUAGCAUUUAUCCAUCCUUUAAUGGAAGCAAUGAAAUUUCAUUAUGCACAAAGUGCAAAUUUUGAUGAAAAUGGUUAUGAAAAUGAAG